UCCAUCCCUCAGUCGCUGCGAAUCCUCUUAGAGGUGGAUUAUAGGACUAAGAUGUCUACACUGAGAGGGAGAGGGAGAGAGUGACGGAGAGAGAGAGGGUGGGGGGUGACCGAAGAUGAGCAUGAGGCACACAGAGUGAGAGAGAAAGCGAUAAAGGGAGAGAAGAAGAAGAGAAGGAGAGGAAGAAAAUGGAGAAAACCCCUUGGCCUGAUAUGGGCCGGGAAUGGGGUAGAAGGUGGUCUGUAACUGGGGAAGAGCCAGCAGAGCUUCACAUGGUGAAGCACACACUCCCAUGUCCCACCCUCGCUCUCACUAACAAAACAGGAACAGACUAACCGGGUGGCAGCGAUGUCUCUCCUAUCCCUAACCAACCCUCCCGGCUGGAGCGUGUGCUCUACUCUCUGUAUCCUCAUUGUGUUGCUUCCAGAGGCCAAAGCAGACACUCUGAACACUACCAAUCAGCGCAAUGGCGGGGGAUCCCAGUGUGGAGAGUACACUAACCAGAUGAUGGAGAACGGGAUGUGUCGGCUGGUGGCCACCCUGCCUCAGCUGGACGAGCAGAGAUGCCCGGAUAUGUUUCGCUGCACAGAUGAAGUUUCCUACUGGCUGCAUGAAAACGAGGACAGGAAACAGCAGAUUGUAACUCUGAAGGAGACCAUCUCUGAGCUGCAGGAGGAGCUGAGGAACCACCGGCACCGCAUCAAAGUCCUGGAGCUGCAGAGUGAAGAGAGGAACCACUUGAACAUCUCCUUGGAGCAGCGGUUUCAUGAGUUGGAGGUUCACUAUGCUGAAGCCACCACCCUGCUGCACCUACAGGGCACUCUGAUCCUAGACCUCCAGAACCAACUCCAUAAUCUGACACUCUUGAUGGAUAAAGUAAAAAGAAGCCCUGAAUGCUUUAUCAACAUCGUCCGUCCCAAUCCACUCAUGAGUGCUCAAGAAGCUCUGCAUCCAGAUAUUCAACAUGUGAGGAACUGUCCCAUAGACUGUGCUUCCAUCUACUACAAUGGAGUGAGGAGAUCAGGUCUCUACACAGUGGUGCCAUCACUGGCCAGUAUGCCUGUGGAGGUUUACUGUGAUAUGGACACAGAUGGUGGUGGCUGGACUGUGAUCCAGCGUCGUGUUGACGGCUCAGUGAGCUUUGACCGCAGCUGGAGGGACUACAAAGACGGCUUCGGUGACCUGCACUCAGAGUUCUGGUUGGGCAACGAACACAUACACGACCUGAGCACCCAGGGAGACUACAGCCUCCGCAUCCACUUGGAGGACUGGAGCAACAAGCACAAACAUGCCCUCUACCAGAGUUUCAGUGUGGAUGAUGAGGAGCAUCAGUAUCGUCUGCAUGUGUCAGGCUUCAGUGGGACAGUGCAGGACUCUUUCAGCUGGUACCAUGACAAGCAGGGCUUCAGCACCCCUGACAGUGGCAACAUCUGUGCAGAGAUCUCCCACGGUGGUUGGUGGUACAACCAGUGCUUCUACGCAAACCUUAACGGAGUCUACUACAGGGGAGGCCAUUACACCCCAAAAGGCCAGGGGCCACUGGGCCCCGACGGGAUUGUUUGGUACACCUGGAGAGACUCUGACUAUUACUCCCUACGCAAAGUCAGCAUGAUGAUCCGGCCACGCAGCUUCCGAUCCCGUUUGUCACCCUAAAUCACUUUCACCGUGAUAACGCAGCAACAAUUGUGGCAAGGGGAUCACAUGAGCAUCUCACUGGGACACUGGUGGUGAUGAUUUCCAGUGAUCUUUUUAUUAACGGAGCUCAUCCAGGAGGAAGUGGAUGACGAACCAACAGAUUAAGCUGGGAAAUCUCUUCAGUGCAUUGGACUCAUUUGCUGCUACUGCACACUUUUGAAAAGACAAACUUUAUACUGUAGAAUCAUGGACAUUUUUCAUUCAGUCACAGGAAGUGAGUACUUCCUUAUUUUCUACGUCUGUUUUGUACCUUUUUAGUUUGAUACUAUAACAACUAUUAGGAACUCAAAAAGAAAAAGUACACUGGUAUGACGUGUUGACAGAGGAGUGAAAGGACUCACAGCCACGUGCAACUUUCAGGCAAGGAGUACUGAAUGUUUCAGCUUAUGGUGCGUGCUUAUUGCAUAUAUAUGAUUACUUUAUUAUCCAGUUUUAUUCAUUUUGAAUUUGAACCAACUAUGAAUUUAAUCCAUUGUGUAAACCUUCAUUAAAAUAACAAGUUUUCAUUUUAUUACUCAAACAAGUCAGGAGAUAAUAACCCUUUUAAAUGGUAAUGUCUCACAGUCAGGCAGAGAGGAUGUGCUA